GAGUUAAGUGCCCAACUACAGAGCACAUUCACGAGAUCUGUCUCCAGCUGAACCAGUAUGGACAGGUUGAGGGCAAGAACAUUUACUUUUGGUUCCAGAACGUCAGGGCUCGAGAGAAGCAGAUGAAGAGGUGCAAUCAGGCUGCUCAAGUGCCCAUGGGAACUAGUUCUCCUGGUACUGGUGGAUCCAUUGAUCUCAAUUUGGGGUCCACUGGUUCUACUGGUGCUGGUGGAUCCAUCGACAUCAAUUUUGGGCCAGCUGGUGGAUCCAUUGACAUCAAUUUUGGGUCCACUAGUUCUACUGGUGCUGGUGGAUCCAUUGAUCUCAAUUUUGGUUCCACUGCUUCUACUGGAGGACAAUCUUCCAUGGAACAACGAGGAGGAGUUCGCCAGGAGUUUGAAACUCUUCCUCUGUUCCCCGUGCACGGCGAGGACGUCUAUGGUAACCCGAAGACUACUUCCGAGGAAGGUAGCGCAUAUGAUUACUAUUUCGGUGGCUCAGGCGGUUACAACCGUGGAUCUCCAGUUUCUCUUGAGCUCAGCCUCAACCCAUCCGGAGCUACUGAUUAGGCUUAGUAUAGCGUAGUUCCAAUUUCCUUUUUGUAAUAUUAAAUCAAUAAGAUGGUGUGCAUGUUUUCUUUUC